CCAGGAAAUGCCAAAUCUUGCAUUAGGCUCAGGCACUACAUAUUCCCACAAGAUGGGAGAAAUUAUUUCACCUCUUCCCUGUCUUUCUUUGUCUCCCCUGUGCUGGCACCAGGAGAAUGGCUGGGGGAAACCACUCAAGCGUGACUGAGUUUGUCCUCUUGGGCUUCACCGAUCUGCGGGAGCUGCACUUUGUCAUUUUUUUGUUUAUGUACCUCACCGUGCUGGUGGGGAACCUGGGGAUGAUUGUCCUCAUCAGGACCAACUCUCAGCUUCACGUGCCCAUGUACUUCUUCCUCAGCCACCUCUCCUUCCUGGACAUUUGCUAUUCUUCAUCCAUCAUGCCAAAGCUCCUGGCAGGCCUCCUUGCAGAGAGAAAUGUCAUUUCUUUUAAUGGUUGCAUCAUGCAGUUCUUCUUCUUUGCAGUUGUUGGCACCACGGAAGCCAUCCUUUUGGCCAUCAUGGCCUAUGAUCGCUAUGUAGCCAUCCGUGAGCCUCUGCUCUACUUGGUUGCCAUGCCCCAUGAGGUCUGUGUCCGGCUGGUGGUGGGUUCCUAUGCUGUUGGGAGCCUGAACGCCCUUGUGCACACCAGUGGCCUCCUCCGACUCUCUUUCUGUGGGCCAAACCUUGUCAAUCACUUCUACUGUGAAAUGCCACCCCUCCUGCUCCUCUCGUGCUCCGACACCAGGCUCAACAAGAUGGUCAUGGCCACCUGCAUUGGCUUCAUCAUAACAGCCUCUGUCUCAGCCAUCAUUGUCUCCUACGCCUGCAUCCUGCUCACCAUCUGGAGCAUCCGCUCUGUGGAGGGCAGGCACAAAGCCUUCUCCACCUGCACCUCCCACCUCAUGGCUGUAGCCCUCUUCUACGGCUCCGCAGCUUUCCUGUACCUCCAUCCCUUUUCCAGAAAUGCAGAAGAUCAAGGGAAAACAGCCUCCGUCUUCUACACCCUGGUGACCCCCAUGCUCAACCCUUUCAUCUACAGCCUGAGGAACAAGGAGGUGAGGAGCACCCUCAGAAGGGCAGCGAACAAGCUUGUCUCCUGA